AUGGACCUCGCGACGGGCGCCAUGGGUGCCCUGCUGCCCAAGCUGCUGGAGCUCCUUAAGGAGGAGAACAAGCUGCAAGCAGGGCUGAGGAAAGACGUUGAGUUUCUCGAGAGAGAGAUGAGGAGCAUGGACGCGGCCCUCCGCAAGGUGGCGAGGGUGCAGCGUGACCAACUCGAUGAUCAGGUCAAGAUCUGGGCUGACGACGUCAAGGAGUUAUCAUAUGAGAUGGAGGAUGUCGUUGAUAGAUUCCUCGCCAAUAGCUCGGCGCCUGCCCCCGACCCAGACAGUUUCAGGGGGUUCAUGAGGAAGGUGGUAAGUUUGUUCAAAAAGCGCAAGACUGACCACCACAUUGCUGAUGUAAUCAAAAAGAUCAAGGAGCAGGUCCAUGAGGUGGCCUCCCGGCGUGACAGGUAUAAGAUAGAUGGUGUUGGUUGUAAUCCGGCUAGCAAAACUAACAUUGAUCCUCGCGUGCUAGCUCUGUUCAAAGAUAAGAGAGAAAUCAUCGGUAUCGAUGAACCAACCGACGAGCUCAUAGAUAAGCUGAUAGGUAACAAUGAUGAAGGCGUGUCCAAUACCAAGCUGCCACUGAAGAUACUCUCUAUCUUUGGAUUUGGUGGACUUGGCAAGACAACUCUUGCAAAAGCAGUCUACGACAAGCUACAAGGACUUACUGAUUUUACUCACAGGGCUUUUGUCCCAGUGGGCCAAGAUCCCGACGUGAAAAAAGUAUUAAUGGAUAUUCUCCUCCAACUUGAUGAGCGCUCUUGUUCGAAUGUAAGAAUGUUGGAUGAGUGGCAGCUCAUCGAAAAACUUCGAGGAUUGCUUAAUGGCAUGAGGUACCUUAUCGUUGUUGAUGACUUAUGGUCUAUAAAUUCAUGGAAAAUAAUCAGAUCUGCUUGGGUUGAUAAUCAUUGUGGAAGUGUAAUCAUCACAACUACUCGUAUUCUAGAAGUUGCUGAAGAGACUGGCCAUGUUUACAAGCACAAGCCACUUUCUAGUGAGAAUUCCAGAGAACUAUUUAAUACAAGAUUAGCUGUUGGUAAAGGCAAAAGCUCUUAUGAUAAGUCUGUUGAUAUAUCUGAAAAGAUUUUACGGAAAUGUGGUGGCGUACCACUAGCUAUCAUUACAAUUGCUAGUUUGUUGGCUGGUAAACCGACGGGGCAUUGGCCCAAGGUGUACAACUCUAUUGGUUUUGGCUAUAGAAAUAACAUACAUGUCGACAACACAAGGAAGAUAUUGCUGUUUAGCUACCAUGAUCUACCAUGCCAUCUUAGGGCUUGUCUCUUGCAUUUGAGCCUAUUUCCGGAAGAUUCUGAGAUUGAGAAAGAUGCUUUGAUAUGGAAGUGGGUAGCGGAAGGUUAUGUACAUGAGAAAUAUGAGAUGGGGCUGUAUGAGUCUGGUGAAAGUUGCUUUAAUGAGCUUAUAAAUAGAAGUAUGAUCCAGCCUAUACAGUUGCCACAUCAAGACACCGUAUAUGCUUGUCGUGUACAUGAUUUAGUGCUUGACAUGAUUAUUUCGUUGUCAAAGGAAGAAAAAUUUGUGACUGUAUUUCAUGGUAAUGAGCAAUGUACCUUUUCUCAUAACAAGAUUCGUAAGUUAGCAAUCAUCCAAAAAAGAGUAUCGAGCGAGCAGCAACAGAAAAUCCCCUAUUUGGCUAACAUACACAUGCGACAAGUGAGGUCAUUUCUUGCCACAACGUGUCAUCUUGGUACGUUGCCUUCUCUCUCAAGCUUUCAAGCCUUGCGUGUCCUAGCCUUAGAAGGGUGUAUCUUUACAGAGGACCAUCCUUAUGAUCUCGUGAACAUUGGGAGAUUGCUUCAUCUUCGAUACUUGGGGAUCUUGGACACGCCUAUUACUGAUCUUCCGUCAGAGAUAGGAGAUUUAAAGUUCUUGCAGACACUGAACCUGCUCCAAACACACAUAUCUGAGUUGCCACAGAGUGUUAGCCAGCUAGUGCAGUUGAAGUGUCUGCGCUUUGAACGAAUGGUGUCAGAUUGGAUCGGGAACCUAGUAUCCUUGGAAGAGCUAUCAUUUGUCAUUCUUUCCCCAAGUUCUGUGAAAGAGCUAGGCAAGCUGACGGAGAUGAGAUGGUUCCGUGCUGAUUUCAAAGAAUUCAAUGAUGAGUCGUUCGAAGUUCUGAUGGAGUCGGUAGGGAAGAUGCGGAAACUUCAGACCAUCGAAAUUAACCCUUGCUCGUGGAAUGUUGGAUUGUUACUUCAGUGGGAGGGUUGUGAAGGCUACGUGCCUCCCCUGGGGCUCCGUCGUCUAACCCUGUGUGGUGUUGUGUUUCCAAGGCUGCCAGCGUGGAUUGAUGCCUCAUGUCUCCCGCACCUCACCGAACUGAGAUUGAGGCUGAAGGUCGUGGAGGCACGGGGCAUGGAGAUCCUUGGGAGAUUCUCAGAGCUCGUUACUCUCCAUCUGUCGACUGGUUAUCACGACGGCGUCGAACUUGCCGAUCUAGUCGUUGGUGCUGCUGCCUCCUUCCCUAGGCUGAGAUGCUUCUACACGAAUGUGAAGCUAUUGUUCCUGCGUGGAGCCAUGCCCAGCCUUGAAUAUGUUUUCUAUUGGCUCGAGACUCUGCAAGCUGUGCAUCAUACCUGCGGCAGCAUCGAGAGCCUGCCCAGUCUCCAGGAGGUCACAGUCUACGUGAAGUGCGCCAGCUAUUCGGCCUUCUACAAGGAGGCAGAGGCAGCAUUCAUGGACGCAUUACACGAUCAUCCCAACAAGCCAGCAUCUUAUGUUCGUACUGCUCAUCACUAA